AACCCUAGCCGAAAGAAGCUUGUAAAGUGUAAACAAUAACAAAUGUCUCCAGCCGGCCUCGUAUUAUCGCACCUUAACUGUGCGUGUGUGUCUUUGCCAUUAUUUUCAAAGUUAUGAUUGUAGUAUCAAGUUUUGAUACAUUUUUUGAGGGAGAACAAAAUCUGUGUAAAGGUGUUUGACAAAAUGUUGGAUCAUUCCUGAUGGUGGUUAAAAUAUUUUUACUGUUGCGGCUAUACUGUAUUGUCGCAAGUGGUUUUAUAUCGAUUACAUAAAGAAAAACAUGAGGACCAUGAAAAAUGUUCUAGGUUUAGAAGCUACCGUCAUGUUGAAGUCAGUGUGCAGUAGUAGUAAAGUGUUCUGGAAAAAGAAUGCUCUCAGACUACAGGCACUCCAGUUUGCACACCACUUCUCUUCACAGACAGAAACACUUCACAACCUCAAUGAUGAAAGCUCAUCAGAAAAAGCUGUAAGAACAUACCAUCAGAGAGCAUAUGAAAAAUUAUCUACAGCAGAAGAGGCGAAUGUGGAAUUUCAUUCAGCCAAUAGAAUUAUACAGCCAACAGUACAUGUUGAGAUGAUCCAGCAGUACUUCAAUGUAGGCAAGACCACAGCUUACCGGAUGCUGGAAAAAGAUAAGCGACUGAAAGCCUGUGGUGUCCAUAACCUGGCAAGGAAUAUGAAUACUCUCCAGGAAAACAGUGUUGACCCAGUGAAUGUGCGGAAAAAUAUGGCACUACUCUACCGCUGCCCACUGACAACAGAACACAAUAUUGCUGUCAUGAAGGAGCUUGGACUAAAUGACCUUAAAGCAGAAUACAUAAUACAAGCUAUCAAGUUAUUCAAAUCAAGUGUGGCAAUGAUCAAGAAAUGGGGACUGUUACCUGAACACUAUGAUCCAAUGGAGACUUUAACUUCACUGGAAAUACCAGACCAUGUGCUGAAUAGUGUAAAAUUUGACUGGAGCAACCAUUUAACUUUGGCACAGUUGCACCAGAAACUGAGCAUUGUGUACCUGUCUUGGCGUCUGAAUUGUAGUGAAAAGGAAGUUAGCAAACUUCAGCAAACAUACAGGCUUGCCAAGAAAAGUAUGAAGUUGCAACAGAAGAUAUUUGAUCAGCUGGAACAUGAAUGGAACAUUGACAUUCAAAAGAUUAGAUUGAAUGGCUAUCUUCUUACUUGUAGCCCUACUAAUGUAUACCUUAUUGACAACAAGGUCAAGCAAAUAGCAGGAAUAAGCAUAAAAGAAUAUGUUGGUAUGACUCCACGUAUCCUUACCAUCCCAUACCAUCAGCUAUUGCAAGUUGAUAAAAUCCUAUCAAAGUUGGAUCUUCCAGAGAAAUCACUAAAGACUCUCCCUCGAAUCUGUACGCUGCAUCCAGACACUUUAGAGGAACGCCUCAAUGAACUUCGACAGAUUCCUGAAUUCCAUGCUCUGCAAUCACACCCCCGCAUGCUGCAUCUCAUUUAUUACCAUAAAAAGGUAUCCUCACGACUGGACCAGUUGCAACAAGUGAAGAGUACCAGUGCUCUACCAAGCCUGAAUACACUAUCAGGAACAAAAAAAAUUUUUGAUAAAUAUAUGACUGUUGGAGAUCUGAGACAAAACAAGAGAGAUGUUAUAAUGUUGUUGUCAAAACACAUGAAUGUAAAACCUAAUGUCAUUAGAAAACAUUUGCAUGAUCAAUGUUGGGGCUCACAGACAAAUGUGGUUAAUGUUCAGAGAAAUAUCUUAACCCUUAAAGAAGUAGGUUUCACUGAAGAGCAACUCAUGGCUGGCCUGGAUGUUUUGCUUUAUCCGCCAGAUUUACUACAUGACCAGCUGGCUCUGCUGCCAAAAAGACCUCAGGUUCAACCAUUCUCAGAAUACAAAUCAAAUGUAAAUGUUUUACAGAUGCUCUUAUAUUUCAUGGAGAAGAAUGUCUCACUCACUUCACUAAGUUAGUCUUUCAAAUAAGUUAUUAAAUAUUAGAAGAAAAUUAUGUAAAUGAAAAAAUGUAUAUAAAUUCAUCUAUAUUUUUUUUUAAUAAAGCCUAUAUACAUUA